AUGUACAAGAAGAUUGAAGAAGAAAAAUCUCCUGCGAAGAGCAAGAUUGUGUAUGCGUGUGUAGCUCAAGAUCAAGAUAUCAAACUGCAGUUUUCAUUGCCUGGGAAUAUAAAAGAUACAAUUUCUAAUCUGAUUCAGUCAAGUGCAAAUAAAAACACUCGAUGUUCAUUUAAUUAUGAAAAUGCAUUCCAUGUUCACAUGUAUUUUUUUUAAUAUAAUUUUUUUUAUAUUAAAAAUAAUCCCAAUGCUUAUUUUCAUAAAAUAAAGAAAAAUUUCUAUAUAAUAUAUAAAUAAAAUUUGUUAAAUAUAGUAUAUAAUAUAUCCCCGAAUUCAUAUGUGGUUGUAACUGAAAGCUCUUUUUCACGCAAAAUUGCAUUUGAGUUCUUGGAAGAUGUCAAAGAAAGUUACUUGUCGGGAUCAUUGAAAACGCUAGAUGCAAAAGUAAAAAAAUAUAAUGAGCAUCAAGAUGAAGAUAAAUUAAACAAAAUCAAAAACCAUGUGCAAGAAAUCAAUGAAAUUAUGAUGAUGAAUAUUGAUAAAGUUAUUCAAAGGGGAGCGAAAAUUGAAGUUAUUAUGGAUCAAACGAAAGAACUUGAAGGAAGGGCAAGAAUGUUUAAGAAAAACGCUAAUUUCUAAUACAAAAAUAUUUAUUAAAAAAAAUACAUUUUUAAAUUAGAGUUUUUUUAAUAUAGCGCUUUCCCGAGGAUGGCGCGGAAUGGCGCCAUCCUCGGGAAAGCCAGGAAGGCAUCCACACGGGAACUGGGAGUUCCACGUGUGGAUGCCAUUUUGAUAUGUGGAAGUUUGGAUCCCACAUGUCAAAAAUGGCAUCCACACGUGGAACUCCCAGUUCCCGUGUGGAUGCCUUCCUGGCUUUCCCGAGGAUGGCGCCAUUCCGCGCCAUCCUCGGGAAAGCGCUAUAAAAUAGGUUGAUAAAGGAUUAAGGAAAUUGAAAGAGAAUUCAAAUGCCAAAAUUAUAAGUGGUCUUUUAUGUGCAUAGCUACUUGUGGAUUGCUAAUUGGAAUUUUCGCGGUGAUUAUUUAUUAUGCUCUUUAA